UCAAUAUGUCUUUGCAAAAAAAUAAUUGUUUACAUGUUAUAAAAUUAUUAAAUUUGCAUGAUAAUGAGAGAAUACCUCAUCGUUUCCUGCUGAUAAAAUGUAAAGUGGAAGGAGGAGCAGGCAAUUCUUGCGUUAAUAAAGUCAUAUCACUCUUCCUGGAUAAUAAACUACAAUCCCAACUCUCAGCCGAUUGCGAUUCCAGGAAAUUUAAAUUCCUAUUGGAUUUGGGAGCGGAAAACAGAAGAUGCGAGAUAAGAUUGGAGUACUGUAAUGCCAAAUUAGAAUUAUGUAUUAAUUAUGAACAAAAGCAAUCCGCUUAUAGCAUACAACCCCUUAUUAUCAUUGCCAAAGAUGAGCAUGAAGACAUUGAUAAGGAAAAAGUAACCAAGUAUCGGGAAAUUAUUGAUAUGAAUUUGCUUUUGAUACAAUCUGUCUAUGCGGAAAAGUUAAAUGAGCGUUCCAUGGGACGUUUGUGUUUCCAUCUACGUGAUAAAUGUUUGGUAUUCAAUUCCCGUUUGACAAAAGAGGAAAUAUGGAAAUUAAACGAAAACGAAUUAUGGUCCAGCAUUGCAAAGGAAUUGCUGCAGUCUGAAUGGGGUAAUCAAUUGAAUGUCAAAUUUGUGGCCUUUAUUUCCUGCAGCAAAUAUCUGGGAAAUGAAGUGUUAAAAUCUCAAAAUUUCUCUUAUGAAAACAUACGUAAACACAUGCUGGGCCAUGUUGCGUGUGGAACUGGUGGUUUGGCCUUAUUUAGUUCGUCUUACUUUUAUGCAUGGCCCAAUGAAUUUACCAAUAUAUUGGAGAGCUUUAAUGACAAACGGAAAAUAGAUUUAGGCAAGCAACCCGACGACAGCAACUAUCGUAAAACCUAUGGUGGUGUGUAUGCCUCAAGUUUGGGUGCUGUGUGCCAUGAAAUUGGUCACAUAUUCGAUUUGGGUCAUGAUCUGGAAGGUGUAAUGGGUUCAAAUUUUGAUUAUAUUAAUCAUGUCUUUGUGGUGCACAAAACUACAGAACAUUUACCCCGUAGAGUUGUUAUGGAAAUUAAAAGUAAAGGAAAUCCCGUGGCAAAGCAACGUUUUACUCAACUAAAGAAAACACCAGCUGAAGGUUUUCUAAACUCCUACCGAGAACAAAAAGAAAAUGAUUCAUUUUAUUUCUCAGCUAAUUCAGCGAUUAUUUUAUGCCAUCAUCCUUGGUUGAAAUGUGAUGAAGACGAUUUAAUCGAUAAUAAUGAUUUUCUAGUGGAUUUUUCCAAAGAUGAUUGCAUUAUCAGAUCUCACAAAUAUCCUAUUAAACUUAUAGAAAUACGUACAAACUCAAAUAGUCUGAUUACACAUUGGUUUGAAUUACAAAAAACCAAAGAAGAACAAGCCGUCUUACAAUAUGAUGUGAGUAAAUAUAGAAAGCAGCUAGAAAACGAAUGUCAUCUCUUCGUUAUGAGCAUCAAAGGGCAUAGCAAAAAGAUAUGGCUUUAAUUUACAUUGUAAAUUUUAUAAGGAAGACAUAUUUGCCCCCACUUUCAGAUUGCCUGUUUCCCCAGAGAGUCUGCCAAUCAAAAACUAAAGCAACGAUAUGGAUUACCACACGCUCACACACUUCGCUAACUUUAGCCGUACAUUAAUAACACCACAGAGAAGCCAAAAAAGAGCCAAACAACACUGUCGACAUCUCAACGAACUCUUUCUACUCAAAAGUCAGAAAAGAGAAAUAAAAAUAAAAUGUGCAUCAUUCAUAGAUAAUAAGCCAAACCAAACAAAAACACAAAAUAGUCUACGUUGUCGUGUACACAUUGAUCGUUGUGACUCUCCUGCCUGCCCGCCCCCCAUAAAACCCAUUGCCAGUCAUUAACAUAUGAACGCCAAAACUAAAUUUACUGGUUGUUGCUGAAAACGCUCGGCAAAGCAAAAUAUUUACCUUUUUUCUUUUUGGCUAACUUCUUCAUUAUCAAUGGCAUACCAAAAACAACAACAGCUACCGCAAACACCAUGAUAAGAUAAACUCUUAACAGAUCGAAGAGCAUUAUUGAUUUUUUGUCUAUUUGGCAUAAUCGAAGAAAAUAGAAAGAACACUUGCUAGCGAGUUCAGUCAGGCAGUCAGUCAGUCAGUACUUAGUUUCUUACAAUACAACACGCUUUCUACACAUUGUUGUCGACGACAAUCUCUCUCUCUCACCGCCAUCGGCCAACUCUAGUCAUCGAAAUUUAAUAUUAUUAAAAUAUUUGGAAUAAAUAGCAAUAAUGGAACAACAGCAGACAGCACGUAUACAAUUCAAACAGCUUAAAGGUUUCCCUCCCGUCAUCGAUGAUAAGCUAGAAACGGAAAUGUU